AGUGACUGUUAACACGACUCACGGGAAAUUAAAGUGAAAAUGUCUUUGAAUAGGUACUUAUUGAAUAUCGCCUAUAUAGGUAAGCCAUUUAGGGGAGCGCAACUUCAAGUAAAAAGGGAAUCCUGCCAACCUGAUCCUUUAACUGUUCAAGGCAGACUAGAAAUGGCGUUGAAAGUAUUGAAUCCUUGCAACGAGCCUAUCGUAGUUUUAUCAAGCAGAACUGACUCUGGAGUUCAUGCCAUUAAUUCUACUUGUCAUGUAGACCUUUAUCGCAGGAACGGAGUGAACUAUGAACCAAAAUCAGUAACUUUUUGUCUUAAUAAAUAUUUUUCGGCACAUGAUGUACCAAUUCGAAUAUUGAAAACUUAUAUUGUGCCAGAAACCUUUCACUGUCGAUACAAUGCUAUAUCCAGGACUUAUUUAUAUCGUUUAAUAAUAAGCAAAGAUAAUGAUACCUGUUCGAGAAGCAACAAUCAUUUCAAUUAUAUUCCGAUAGAAGAGUGGGAAAGGAGCCUGUUUCUUUGUACAGACAAAUUUGAUACGGCACUAAUGAAGGAAACUGCAAAAUUAUUUGAAGGGUACCAUGAUUAUAGAUCCUUCAUGGGAAAAGUAUUAGAUAGGCAAAAGAUGACAAGAAGAGCUAUAGAAUACAUAAAAAUUAUAAAUAAAGAAAAGACAGGUUACAGUCAUUAUAGUUGGCCUACCUUAAUUGAUGGACCAAAUCCUCAAAAUUAUGUUUAUUUAGAUAUUUACAUGAAAUCUGCAGGAUUUUUAUACAAACAGGUCCGAAGGACGGUGGCGUCGCUGGUUGCGGUAGCACAAGGUAAAGUCACAAUUAGAGAUAUUAAGUUUAUGCUGGAAAUUCCGUCACGUCAUUCUUGGUGCCCCCAGAUAAAAACGUUGCCGGCACACGGUUUAUAUUUGUGCGAAGUCGAGUACGCUAGGGAGGACUUGGACACUUUUAGGAGCACAGCAGAGAUUUAAUUUUCGUUUCAGGAUGGUUGGGUCUAGAGUGUAUGUAGGCGGGCUGCCCUAUGGGACCACAGAGCGGGACCUGGAGCGUUUUUUUAGAGGUUACGGCAGGAUGAGGGACGUUCUCAUCAAAAACGGAUACGGGUUUGUUGAGUUUGACGAUUAUAGAGAUGCAGAUGAUGCUGUGUAUGAAUUAAACGGUAAAAAACUUUUAGGGGAGCGUGUGACCGUGGAAAGAGCCCGAGGGACACCCAGAGGUCGAGAUCAGUGGUCCACCAGUAGCAGCAGCAGCAGCCGCAAUAAUGACCACCGCUCCCAUGAAAGGUAUGGGCCACCUACCCGCACUAACUACCGAUUGGUUGUUGAGAAUCUGUCAUCCCGCAUCAGUUGGCAAGAUUUGAAAGAUUAUAUGCGCCAGGCCGGUGAAGUUACCUAUGCUGAUGCCCACAAACAGCAUCGCAAUGAGGGUGUGGUAGAAUUUGCUUCGUACUCUGACAUGAAAACUGCUAUUGAGAAACUCGAUGACACUGAGUUGAAUGGCAGACGAAUCCGUCUCGUAGAAGACAAGAAAACAAAAAGUAGGCGCUCAACUUCGUAUAGCAGCCGCAGUAGAUCACGCAGUCGUUCUCCCAGACGUUCCAGGUCGCGUAGUCGCUCCAGGCGCAGUUCCCAUUCCAAGAGCAAGUCUAGGUCUCGUUCAGGUAGUGCUAAGGCAGACCGCGAAAAGUCUAAAUCAAGGUCACGUUCAAGGUCGAACUCUCGUAAGAAGUCAAAUGAUCGCUCCAGAUCAAACUCUAGAAAAAAGUCUGUUGAACGCUCCCGCUCUAGGUCUCAUUCACCAACACCUGACAAGCGUUCCAAGUCACGUGAGGAAUCCAAAGAUAGAUCCAGAUCCAGGUCACGUUCUGCUAGCAAAGGUAGAAGCAAGUCUAGAAGUAGGUCUCCUUCAGCAAACUAAGUGUAGAACUAUUUUAAAUCCAACCGAAUCCAGUUUUGUGUUUAACAGUAGUAUAAAACGGACAUUUUAAGAUUUAUAAUUAGUGAACUCAAACUCAAUUAAAUCUUCAAUUCAACAUUUUGUUAAAUUAUUAUUGGUGUAAAGAAUUAUUUUUCUCAGAAAGGGUUUGUUUUUUUUUUUAUUAAAUGAUGACCUUCAAACAUUUCAUGUGUUUUGUACUAUACUGUGAAAACUAAAUAGUUAAGUCUCUUAUGCAACAGCCUAUUCACUCUCUUAAAUAUGAGUUUCUCAGAGUCCAUCAAGCGGCAAAAAGAGAGAUUGCAAAAAACUGUCACUUUUGUUAAAUAUGUAGAUGGGAGAAUUUUCAAAGAAAUUAAAGAUGAACAUCCUCAGUUUAUUGGGAAGCAGUAUGGUUUUGUGGUAGAUGAAAUGCCUGAUAAAGUUCCUGCUAAAGUAAUAGAUAAUAUUUAUUUAGGUUCCCAGGAUUGUUGUGAAAUAGAAGUAUUGGAUAAGUUCAAUAUCAAGUUUGUUUUGAGUAUAGGAGUGGAAGCUCCUAUCAAAUAUGAUGAUAUAACCUAUAAAUUUAUUGAAUGCAUGGAUUUGCCAGAAACAAACCUUACUCCAAUUUUAAGAGAGUGUAUACCAUUUAUAGAAUAUGCUGUGAAACAGCAUCAUAAUAUUCUAGUUCAUUGUAAUGCAGGUGUUAGUCGUUCUUCAUCUGUUGUAAUAGGUUAUCUCUUGAUUGAUAGAAAAUAUAGUUAUUUACAAGCAUACAAUGUUGUUAAAACAGCAAGAAGUUGUAUUAAUCCCAAUGCUGGUUUUGAAAAACAAUUGCAACAUUUAGGUAGGUAGUUUUGGUUCAAAUAAUUUUAAAGUUAGAAGUUAAUUCCGGUAGUAAUUGAAAUGAUUGUUUUGCGGUAAAUAUGUUUUUCUGUAUUUACAACAAUAAAGUUUUAUAUCCAA